AUGGAUGAUUCACUUGAGGAUUUAGGAGAGGAUUUCUAUGACAAUGAUUUUCAUCAUGACGAGGAAGAGCAACAUUAUGCAGGGGAUGUAGGAGAUGAUCAUCAUGAUGAUUAUGAACAUAAUUUUGGAGGUGAUGUGUACGAUGACCAUCCAGAGAAUAAUCCCUAUGAGGAGGAAAUGUAUCAUCCUGGUACAGAAGAGGAACAUCCUCAAGAAACAUAUCAGUCGUACGAAGAACAACCCAAUGAAGAGGAACAUUAUGCAGAGGAGGAGCAUUUUGAAAAUUAUGAAGAGGAGGAACAGCAGAAUGAGGAAAAUCCUUACGAAGAACAAAUAGUCGAAGUAGCACAAGCAACAGAAGAGGAGCAACAUUGCGAGGGAAACACUCCAACAGAAAUGAAAAACCAAGAGGAAACACAGGAAGACGAUUCACAAUUUGAAGAUUUUGAUCCUUAUGGAUCUUAUGAAAGUGAUACCCAAGCUCCUCAAGAAAGUAAUGAGGAAACAAAUCCAGAAAUGCUUCAAGAACCACAAGCUACCGAACAAGUAUGUGAACAACCCCAACUCAACCAAGAAAACAAUCAACAAACUAAUGUAAUUAACACAUCAUCACCUCCUCAGGAACUAAAAAGUAUAGUAAGAGAAAGACCAAAAUCAGCCUCAAGACCUACCACUCAAAACUCAGAAAAGACUGCUGAGAAAAAGAAACCAUCAAGCAGACCUUCAAGCACAGAGAAAAAGAAACCAUUCACUACUGUAGAAGAAUACAUCUACAAGCCAUAUUACGAGAAUAGACAAAAGUUCUAUGAUGAAAAUGAAAUUAGAGAAUAUAUGAAGGAGAAGAGAAGAAAGGAGAAGGAAAAACUUAGAAUGAGACCUCCUCGAAAUAAUAACAUGAGGAAAAAACCAUAUGAUGAGGAAAAAGUGAAAGAGUUUAUGAAGCAAAAGCAAGUUAAUGACAAAAAGCUAGCUGAACAAAAAAAGCAAGAGGAAAUUCAAAAGAAAAUUGGAAAAAAGGAUGCUCUAAAGAGACUAGAUGAAUACAUUCAUGAAUUGUUCACAAACCCUCCUCCACCUCCUGAAGACGAAAAGUCAAAGAAAAAGAAGCCAGAAAUGCCUCAAUUUCUUAAAGAACAACUUGAAGGAAAUGAAAACACAGACAGUAGAAAAAGAGUGAAAGAUUUUGGGAAAAAAGUGAGAUCAAAACUUGCAGUUGACCACGAAAGAAAGAAAAAGCUGAAAGAAGCAGCACAGGAGUUGGCUAGGGAACUAAGAAGAAGGAACCUUCACAAAAUUAAGAAAGACAGUCCACUUAAUGCAUUUAUGGACGAAGAAUCUGAGAGUACAAACAGUUCUGUGUGGUCUCUUUGGUCAGCACCAGCAAAACCAGUUGAAAAUAAUAAGGAAUAUUUGAAGGGGAAGUCUGAAAUAAGGGAUUUUUCAUUUCCAAUACCCAAACAUGUUGAUUGUACAUAUAAUGAUAUAUCCAGCAUUGAACCACGGUUGACAGAAGCAGAUAUUGAGAGAAGAAAAAUUAUUGAGAAUGCCCUACAACUGAUAUCAAGUGCCCGUAAAGCUAAAGAAGAGGUUCCAUCUAAACCGAUUGACACAACUUAUGACACAAGAGAACCAACUGAAUCAAAACCUACUAUAUCAUCAAGCGAAAAGUCAAUAUCAAAUAGAAUGCUUCCUCAAUUCCCUUCAAAAGAAAGAAAGGAAAAGGCCUCACCCGAAAAAAAAGAGGUUCUUGUUGAGGCUCCUAUCCCUGUAAAUUUAGAAGAAACCUCAUCUUCCGAAAACAUUAAAACAGAAGCGCCAACUUCUCCUCACCAGGAUACACUUUCAGAAACAAUUGCUUCUUCACCUUCCGUAGUGUACAGUGAAUAUAGCAUUAAGAGUGACAGAUCUUCUCUCCAUCCAUUUUCCAGUCAACUUAAAAGAAAUGAUAGUGAGUCCUCUUCUCUAGACAACAGUAAUUUGGAUCCUAUAGUCAUAACUUUAGAAUCCAAACAAAGAUAUUUCAAUCCAGUUGAGUAUGAGACAUAUCAUAACUCGGAAUCAAAUAAGGUUGUGAUUAACAAUUCCGAAUUGUCUGAAGGGACUAAUUCAGAAUCUUCAAUUAUUGUUGAUUCAUCAAGUGAAAAUUCAUUGGAUAAUAUAGAAGAUAUCCAUGAACAUGCAUCAUUCAAUCCUUCAACAGCCAUUUUCAGCGAUGAACUAAUCAAAAAAGACAAUGCAAAAGAAAUAGAGCUCCAUUUUUCUAAACCUAAGGAACGAAACAUACAGAUCGACCCUAACUAUAACUCAUUCUCUAUAGAAAUGAUAUCAUCUCCUUCAGUGACAGGUUCUUCUGAAAUUGAAAAGAUUUCAUAUUUUUCAAAAAAACAUGUACGAGAGGAGGAACAAACUGAAAUACCCGAGAAAAGACGUGCAAAUAAGAGACAAAAGGAAAAAUCAAAGGAAGUCCAAACCUUCAUUGAGACAAUCUACAUCAAAGAAAGUAGAAGUAAGAGUAAAAUAACAUCAAAUGAAACAAGUUCAGUAAGCUCUGAUAUUUCCUCGGCCAGUUUACUAAGUAUAGAAAAUGAUUCUGAAACUUCAGUUUUAUUGGAAGAAGUUAGAAAGAAAAAGGAAGAAAUUAAGAAACAAGUGUUCUUGAGCCUUAAAAAUUCUAAAAAUGACAAAUUAGCUUCAUCCUACAAACGAAACAAAUCAAAGAUAGCUUCCAGUGAAGUUGAUCCCUUCAACAUUAUCAGUACUAUCAAAGCUAAAUCACAUUCUGAAAUUGAAAAAGAGAGGAGAUAUAAGAAGGAGAAAAUUAAAGAAGAAAUCAAACAAUACAAGGAAUGCAAACCGCAAGGUCUGGAAAUUGUUUCAAAGUUGAAAUCCAAACAAUGUUCCACUUCUUGUCAGACUCAACCUUUAAUUUUUGAAGAAUGUGGAAAAGGAAGAUCAAUCGAGGUUCAAACAUCUACUCCAGUGGAUAUUGUUUAUGAUUCAAACGAUGAGAUAUUAGUCGAUCAAGAAGAGGAUGUCGAACCAAGACAUAGCAAUAUUGAUAUGGAUGCUUAUAUGAGACAAUUUCAAAAUCCUGUAUUUAUUGAACCAGAAGUGGACAGACUCUCCCCUGAUGAGCUAGUGGAAAGAUUAUUGGAUUCUUUACAGGUCUAUGAGAAAGUAUUUGAAUCAGAUGUUAGAUUAACACGUCUUCUUGCAUCUUCAGGUGGUUCUUAUAAGUAG